CCAGCUCCACCCCCGGCGACGCUGCCGCAGCCCGCAGUGGGGUGGGGCGCCGCGCAGGCUCCUCCUGGGGGCGGUGGCUUCGCAGUGCUGGGCUCGCAGCGGCCCGGCAUGUCGGCGCUGGAGUGGUACGCGCAUAAGCCCCUGGGCGGCGGCAUCUACUGGAUCCAGGAGCGGUUCUACGAGUCCGGCAACCGAGCCAACAUCUGGCUGGUGCGGGGGUCGCCGCGCGACGUAGUGAUCGACACCCGAAGUCUUUUUACUGCAGAUGAAUGGACUAUGGAUAUAAAGAAGUUUGGAGAAGAUGUGGUGAUGCAUUCUUCCAUCAUACAUGUUGAUUUUUUUCUUAAAAUGAAUAAUAAAUACAUAUUUUUCCUUAAUAUAUUUAAAUCUGUAGGGGACGUGAUCAACCUUGGUGACCGACAGCUGACUGUAAUGCAUAUGCCUGGUCAUUCAAGAGGAAGUAUUUGCUUACAUGACAGAGAUCAGAAGAUAUUGUUCAGCGGAGAUGUUGUUUAUGAUGGAUCGAUGAUUGAUUGGCUUCCCUACAGUAAGAUAAGUGACUAUGUCACAACUUGUGAGCGUCUUAUAGAAUUAGUGGACAGAGGUCUUGUGGAGAAAGUGCUCCCAGGGCAUUUUAACACCUUUGGAGCUGAAAGGCUGUAUCGUUUAGCUUCCAACUACAUUUCAAAUGCUGGAGUUUGUCACAAAGUUUCCACCUGUGCCAUGAGGUCCAUUGCAAGUUUAGCUCUUCGUGUGACAAAUUCUAGAGUCACAUCUUAAUGUCAAUUCAUUUUGUUAAUAACUAUUACAAAACCCAAUGGCUGAUGACUUAGUAUUGAUAGAAAGCAAACAAAUGAUGUGUGUUCUUAAAGAAAAGGCAGACUGAUAAUGAAUGAGCCAAGAAGAUUCUUAUUUUGCUUACUAUCUUACAAAAUAAAAAUAAGCUCCAGCUAUGCGAAUGUAUCCAUCUAUUGUUUUGGUUUUUUAAGGCAUGUUUGCACAUGGAUUAUGAAUGCUACUGGACUGCAAUUUGGAAUGUUUUAUUUUUAUAUGAUUCUGAUGGAUACAUGUGAUAUGCCAAAACGAAAACUUUGACAUUCAUGCCUGAAACGUAACUUUUUGUUACAUGGUAUUAUAUUUAAGGCUCAAUUUGUGUUUAAAGUGUAUUUUUAAUGGCUGAAAUGUAAUUUAGCUGUUAGUGCUCUAACUGUAACAUUCCAAUGUCCUAUUAUUAUAGGCACUGAAUUCAGUAUCCAGUACAUUUAGUUUAUUACUUUUAAAAUGAAUGUAACUUGAACUGUUUAUUAUUUGUUUAUGAAUUGCUUCAGUACAAAUUGAUUUUUGGAAAAGUGCAUUGCAUUUGAGUAUCUGUUGUUCCAAAACCAGAUAAAAUGCAUAUGUGAAAAUUGCUUAGAUAUACUAUCACUUCAUUAAAAACUGAAGUGUGUGAUAUUUUAAAUGAGUGAGUUUACAUGUGAAUAAUUUAACAAUUUAAAUAUAAUAUAUAUACUGUUUUAAACGGACACUGUCUAUUUUUAUAUAUAUUUUACCUUCCUACCAUGUUUGAUAAAGUAUUUAUUUUUUUCUCAAUUUCGCAAAUUUCUUUUAUCCACUAUUUUUAAGUGGAGUUGAAAAAUUAACCUGCUUCUCUGUUUGCAGUUUACUUUAUAUGAAGAGAUGGUUUUAUGGAACCAUAACACAUUAUAUUUUGGGCUUCACUCAUGAAAAUAUCUAUGGCCUUUCUGACCUAAAAUACAUGUUGGGAGAAAGAAUUACUAUUUCCAUUGCAAACCACAAAUUUAAUAAGCACUAUUAGCCGAAAAUUAUGGAAGUAAAGGUCUUAUGUAAAUCAUCUCUCCUCCCAUGGCUUUUUACUUCAAAAGCAGCACAGCAGAUAGGGUUUAAUGAAGGCAAAACACAUUUAUUUAGAAAUGUUUACUGUGUAUGAUAGUUGCUUCUAAACUAACUGUCAGAAAUGAAGCUAUUUAACCCAGUCACUACUUUUCUUCAAUACUAGAAAAAAAAGAGGCAAAAAGUGGGCCUGAAAAAGAUAUUACUCAGUAAAGGCCACAAAAUAAACUUCAGAUCAUGGCCUCUUCUCUUUUCAGCUGGUGGCUGCUUUUGUCCUCAUGUUCAUUGUGGUCUAAAUAUUAUUUUGAAAAGUUGGCAGUUGAACUGUUGUGGGAGACAGAAAAUUCAAAAUGUCUGAAGAAGCAUAUUGUAGUUACCAAAGAAGCUUGGGUAUACAUUGAAUUGUCUGGGUGGCUUGUACCAGCUGUUGAAAAAGGAGGCUUGUGGACUCCUUGAUUCAAUAAUAGCCAAGAAGGCAUGUUUUAUACUUCUGUGUUUAAAAAAAAAAAAAAAAAA